UGGCAAUCUUCUCUCUCCCUAUAUAGCUGCAUGCUGCUCUUAAAUCUGGUCAAUCUUCCAAAUAUUGUGGUCCUAAAAUCCAUCACACUGCCUCUCACAUACACACACAAAGACUGCAUAGUGAAGACAGGGAGGAAAAGUUAAGUGUGAGUACAAAGGAAAGCAAUCAACUGCUGGUGCUGGCGUGCGGGUCUUUAGUGCAGCAGCAAUAGAAGAAGAAGAAGAAGUGGAAUGGAAGCCCAAGGAGGAGAAGUGAGGCGCAUACACAUCGUUUACUUUCUGAGUCACAUGGGUCAUGUUGAGCAUCCCCAUCUUAUUCGGGUUCAGCAUUUCAACCGCAACAAUGGCGUCUAUCUACGAGAUGUUAAAAGGUGGCUUGCGGAUUUGAGAGGAAAAGGCAUGCCCGAAGCCUUCGCUUGGUCCUACAAAAGGAGGUACAAGACAGGUUAUGUUUGGCAAGAUUUGGUGGAUGAUGACCUUGUUACUCCUAUCUCAGACAUUGAAUAUGUUCUCAAAGGUUCCGAGAUUGUCUCUACCUCUUUUGAUCAUCAUUCACACAGCGAAAACAAAGCUUCCGUAUUGAAAAAGAAGCAGCAGCGGCCUGUCGAAGUCCAUGCGGAAGACCAACCCCGGCAGCGACAUUCAUCGAAAGUAGCAUCAUUUGAAGCGCACCCUGAAAGCAAUACCUCAACAGAUUUCUCUUCUGAAAUCAAUCAAGAAUCCCCUUUAUUUGGCUCAGAUAGGUCAACAUUAACCAACGAGUCAAUAAAGCUCGAAGCAGAGAUGCAUCAACAAGGUGAAAACCUCGGAAAUUCUUCCUUUAGUUCCACACCACCGAGCAAGAAGAAUAAAAUGAAGAGCAACAAGAACGAAAAAGCGGAUAAGGCAUCGCCUUCUUCAUCGUCAUUUACAAAGAGUAAUUCGAGUGGAGCUUCGAGCAUGCUUCGCAAUUUGAUUAGUUGUGGUGCUGCGGAUACCAAUGAUGCUGCGUUGAUCAUGAUGAAUAGGGCUGACAAAAACAAAUCUUCCUUUAAGCCCAAUAUUGAGGCUGAGAUUCGUAAAGGAGAGAGAUUGGGAGGGUCUGAAAGGGUUUUUGGGACUACUUGGAAUCAACAACAGCAGCAAGAAAACCAUCAACAAAAACAACAGCAGCAGCAGCAGCACAACACUCGGAAAAGCUCUUAUGAUGGAGGAGAGGAUUCACAGAAGAAGCAGCAGAGUGAAUUUCCUAAACAAAAAGCCAUUUCAAGUACUUACAAACCAAUGGCUUGGCCAAAUUGCUCGGUUAAUGGGUAAGAACAAAACCUUCGGGAUUUUCACCAUGGUUGACUUCCCAAGCCUGAAUUGGGAGCUUGAAAAGAAGCCCAGAAAUUCAGGCUGACUCCAUCCUUAUUGUAGAUCAGAAUCAUCAAAUGAGAUAAGGGGGGAAGCAGAGUCAUUGCAAAGUUAAGACAAAUGGCAAGUGUUCAAUGAGUGGGAAUCAAGUUGAUGUCAAAAUCAAACAGACUUCAAUCAAACUGCAAAGAAAAAUGUUUCAAGUUUAUAAUAGGUGGAUUAUGACGUCCACUAUUACACGGGUCAAAUCAUGUUGGGUUAACUAUAUUGUUUCUAUCUAUAUUCAUAAUCUAUCCAUUGUGUUGAAAUAAACUAUCUUUCCUGUUAUACUUUGCUGGGUUUUAUCUGCUUGGCCAUGUUUGGGAACAAGGGAUUUUGAAGAUUUUCAUGCUCUCAGUCCAUACAGAUUCCCACAAAAUCGAAUUUGACUAACAAAGCAGAAACACUUUUCAAAGAACUCCAUAAGACCCAUACUGAAAAGUUUUCUAAUAUCUUUAUAUAUUCUUACAGAAAUCUUACAUCUAAACAUCCCUUAAAGUACAAUCAGGAUUAAAACAUUCCACUUUGCAAUCAGCUACUCGAUAGCAAGAUGAACCAAUGCACAUCAUCAUGAGUUGGUUUUUUAAAUCAAAGUAAAUAACCAUGUAGAAUGCAUGUUUUGAUUACAUAGGGGAAUAUUUAGUUAUAAGCUGGGUCCCUUUCAUAGGAAUUUCAAGGAAGAGGAUUGGGCUGAAUUUUGUAAUUCAUGGCUUGUGAAUGAAUG